AUGGAAGCUCUAACCAAACACUGGAAAUCCUUAUCCCUUUCAGAAAGGGAAGGUUCCGGCUUAUGCUUGAAGAAAGAACAAGCUAGCUCAGUACACGCUAUAGCAGCUAAAUUCCUCACCAAACGUCCUCUCAAUUUGGACGCCAUAGCUAACACCUUCACCCCCCUCUGGAGAACAAAAUCUGGGUUCAAGAUAAAACACAUCGAAGACCAUGUUGUUCUCUUCUCUUUUGACAACAAGGCCGAUGUGGAUCGAAUAAUAGCAGCGGAACCUUCGAGCUUUGACAAACAUGCUAUGGUUAUAACCCGAUACGACAAAGAUGCCACAGUGCUAUCAUCCGAUCAAUCCUUGGUCGCUUUUUGGGUGCAAGUAUAUGACAUUCCCAUCCGGUUCAGGAAUAAAGUAGUUGCAGAACAAAUUUGUGAAGCUAUCGGUACCAUCCUCCACCCGGAAGAUGCGCCAGACUGUGAUGGAGGUAGUUUCAUCAGAGUAAGAGUCCGGGUCGAUAUCGCUCAACCUCUAUGCCGGGGAAGACUUAUUACCUUAGAGGAUGGUAAAGCACAAUGGGUGUCGUUUAAAUACGAAAGACUGGCCAAUCUCUGUUAUUGGUGCGACUGCCUUUUGCACGUCGACAGAGACUGCGAGGUUUGGAUGGACAUCGAAGGUACUCUUAAAACAGAGGACCAACAAUUCGGUCCAUGGCUUCGUGCCCCUCCCUUUCUUGUCUCCAGGAAAAAGGUGGUUUCGGUUCCUGGCUUCUUUACGAAGAAGUCCAACGACAAAGCCAAUCAGCACCAGUCCUCCCCCCUUCCUCAACCUCCAUUGACGUCCACCCCAAAACCAUCCUCCCAUGUCGCUAAACCAACCGAGUCUCUCAAGGUGUGCUCCGAUACUCUGGACACAAUAUCACCAGAGGGAACGGAAAGUACAUCGGAGGAUCACCCACAAAAUCCUCCAAUCCAGCCGGGUUUUGAGGACCUAAUCCGAGACAUUGACAGGGACCUCAGUCGAUUUGACAGUGAGGCGAUAGAAUUUCAAAAUUCAAAUGCCGAUCAACCCGCCCCUACUCUGGACUCCACUUAUCUUCCAGAUCAACACUUCGGCCCAUUAAAUAAAAGGUUAGUCACUCGGCCCAAUAAGCCCAUCCCUUUUAAUGACUUAACUAACAUGGAUCCUGGCCUAAUUCAGAAACAAGCCCAAGCAGGUGGAAAGUGGAUCUGUGUAUUAAGACCAACUCAGUUUGGUGAUAGUCAUCCUCUGGACACUUCCUUAGGCAAACGAAAUUCCUCUGAUUCACACAUCUUCCCUCUCCCUUCCAAACGCAGAGCUCUAGAUGGCGCAAAGCAAAAUGAAACUCCUCUCCCAACGGCGGCGGCUGAACCUCAGUCCCGCCGAGCUCAAUGA